UCUAUAUACUAAGAUAAUAUUACCCAUCCCUGGGACGCCAUUCUCCUGUGUAAAAUAUGUAUUCCGAGUCCAAGGAGUGACGUCAAAGAAAGAAAUUAAGAGAGAGAGAGAGAGAGAGAGCAGAGGCGACUUGGUGAGAGCCCCUAAUUUUCCUUCCAUAUAAAGCCAAGGAGAGGGGAAUGCGAGACUCUAUCAGCUGAUGCUACGCCGGCCCGUCCAUGAGACCAACACCAACAUGGCAACUUCGGACCGGAGCCUUUUGGACCGGCUCAAAUGGCAGCAACCACAGCAGGACUCCUACUUUACAUUAAGCAACCGUUGCCAUGCAAAUGAUAGCUAUCUACUAGCUAGCUCUAUAGACCAAGCAAACCACACCACAACCAUUAGUAGCUAUGAGGAGGAGGAGGAGGAGGAGAACAAGCAGCAGCUCAAUAACCACUGUACCAUUUUGGGCUCUUCUUCAUUGCAGACAGAGUGCACCCGCGCCUCUAAGAAGAGGAAGGCCGACAGAUUUCAUAGUGGAAAGGUGGGUUGCACUGGUGAUGGAAUGGAGGGUAGCACCAAAGAAAAGAUAUCAAUCAAGGGAGACAAAGGUGGCGGAGUACCAGUGGCUAGGCCCGAAGUGGAAAACCAACAACGGUCCAACAAUAACAACGAGAAGAAAGAAGCUUCAGGUGAGAGCUCAAAGGAUAAUUCAAAAGCAUUGGCGCCGAUGCAGGACUACAUCCACGUGAGAGCUCGCCGGGGCCAAGCCACCGAUAGACAUAGCUUGGCUGAAAGAGUAAGGAGAGAGAAGAUCAGCGAGAGAAUGAACUUUCUACAAGAUCUUGUGCCAGGGUGCAACAAGAUAACGGGGAAAGCUAGCAUGCUUGAUGAGAUCAUCAACUAUGUUCAGUCACUUCAGAAACAAGUUGAGUUUUUGUCGAUGAAACUGGCCAGUGUGAAUCCGAGUCUCGAAUUCAAUACCGACGAAUUCUUCAGCAAAGAGAUUGACCCAGUUCCGAGCACAAUUUGUCCACCAGCUGGGAUGCCAUGCGAGCCCGUGGACGCAUCCUAUCUUCCAUUCGACAACUUGGAGCAAGCAGUUGCACGAGGUGGCCUCGACAUGGCCUUGGACAAUUCAGAGUUAGCCCUUCGCAGAACCAUGAGUGCACCUGCGGCAGUGCCGGAAGCAUUCAUGGAUUCAUGUUUCAGUGUUAAUGGUUCUUUUGUCGCUUGGGACAGCGAUAUGAGGAGUUGUUGCGACAUGGUAAUGCACCAAGGAUUAGAAUUUCCACUAGUGGACCUUCGAAGUCAUGAUGAUGACCAUCAAGAAUGGCUACAUGAAUAUCACUACCUUUAACAAAUUAAUUAUUUAAAAAUUGCAUGUUUAUGUUGACACAAAU